AUGGCCACCGACCCGGUUCUCCCUAUACCGAUCUCUUACAUAUCCGGUAGUUACUAUCUCUUCUCAAUUGAUGCAGUUACAUAUCUGAGACGCGAACACCAUAUCUGCGGCGUUCUGAUUGGAACCCUCCCGCAAAUCCCGCAACAAAAUGUCUUCCUGGCCAUGCCCCUGCAGCUGAUGCCAGAAGAGGCACGGCUGCUGGUGGACAAGGGUGUAGCUUGCAUUGUAGACGAAAUAAAGGCGCACAAGGACGGCAUGACUUCCAUCAUGGAGGUGGAUCGGAAACGGUAUCUCCGGAAUUUAGAAGCUGAAGGACUGCAAGCAAUGCGACUGCAGAACCGUCGCAAGGAGCAACUGCGGGAAGAAGCUUUAAAGAACCUAGAUGCGAAGAAGGCAGCCAAGGCGUCUAAGAAAGCUGCCCAGAAGCAAGCCGUCGCGGAUAACGCUGUUGGUGAUGAUCCUGCACUGGAACUGUUCGCCGGUGGUGAACAGGCCCAGGAUGCCGGUCCGCAACGCCCGACUCCGUCUGAAACGGCGAUGGCUGUCACUCCUGCGACUUCGUACCCGCCGAUGCCAUCUAGACCUGCAUCCGAUCAGGUCUUGCCGUCACCUGAAGUCCCAUCCUCUUAUCCUCUGUUCGCACAUCUGCACUCCAAGGGCUAUUUCCUAUCGCCUGGACUUCGGUUCGGAUGUCAGUACCUCGCAUACCCGGGUGAUCCGUUACGGUUCCAUUCUCAUUUCCUGGUCGUGUCUGCUGAAUGGGAUGAGGAGAUUAACCUCAUGGACAUCAUUGCUGGCGGUCGACUGGGCACUGGUGUGAAAAAGGGAUUCCUCGUUGGUGGAGCUGAACAGACUGGUCCUGGUGCUGAGGAUAGUGUCAGGACGUUCAGUGUUGAGUGGGCGGGGAUGUGA